AUGGCGCGGGAAACCCGGGAAGCUAUGGAGGCGGAUGUCCGCGGAGAAGUGGAUGAAGAGGCUUACGGUCUCCCUUCGUCGACUUUAAAACUGUACGAGGCACAGUUUUUCGGCUUCACCCCGCAGACGUGUAUGCUGCGGGUCUACAGCGCCUUCCGGGACUGCCUGUACGACAUCUUACCCGUGGUGGAGAAGGUGUGUGUGAGGCAGCUCAGCAGAGGGAAACCGGACGGGGCCGAGGAGCUGCUCCGGUCCCGGGCCCGGGAGUGCAGCCGAAACCUGCAGCAGUCUCUGGAGAAACGCUUCAAGCAGCUGUCGGAGCGGAUGGAGGCGCUGCUGAUCAACCGCUGCUUCUCCGUACCGCCAAACGUCCUCCUACCCGAAGACCAGUCCCACAAAAACUACCCCCAAAACAUACAGGAGGUGCUGAGGCUGGAGACGUCCCUCGCUGACCUCCAGAGAGCCUACGAAGCAGAAGUGUGUGCCAGACAGGCUCUGCUCGCUGAGCUGGAGGAGCAGAGGGAGGUGCAGAAGCACCUGGAUGGGAUCCUGACGUGGGUCAGAGAGCUCCAGGCGGCGUGGGUGAACGAAGGUAACGGCACCUUCCAUGAAAGUUUCCGGCUAGUGAUGGAGUCGGUAAGAAAGCUGGAGGAAGCUGUCGGGGAGGUCUGCCGCAAGAUGCCUCAGUGAGCUAAACUCAGUUUGUAAAAACAGACACUAAAUCAAAACUAACUUGUUAUUUAGCCAUUUUAUUUUUAAGUUUCCGUCCAACUUUAUUUUUAAGUUGGAUGGAAACUUUUGGCCGCUGUUUGUCAUUAGGACAGAGUUCAUUCAUGUGAAAAUGAUGCCAAAACAUGUGCUCUGAUGACUUUAUGAACAUUUGUCUUAACUGAAUCCGGAUAAAGCUUCGUAAACCUUUUAAAACACAACAGUAAUAUCAGCUAAUGUUAGUCUAGCUUGCCUUUCCACAACGUAAAUAAAAAAGCAGAUGGCUUUAUCUCUGUCAGAUUUUAAUACUCAGUUCAACUUCCUCCUCAUACAUCUUCACUGUCUCAAAAUCUUAACUCAGUCUUCAUAACAUUUCUUUUUUUUUUUCUUAACUUUAUGUGUGACUUUAGGAUGGUUUGUGUCAGUCUUGUUUCACAGAUUGAAUUGGAUUGUUAGUGUCAGUGAUAAGCAGCAGAGGGCGCUCUCUGCCUGUUAACGUGGCACCAGAUGAGCUGAAACAUGCUCUCAGUUGCCAGUUUUUUAGGUUCAUGUAGCUAAAACUACCUUCACAACGUAAUCCUUCAUUCAGGAUGAAUGUAUUCGACCGCAGUUGUUUUUGAUAGGUGAAUCUAAUAAAUCUGAGUGUAGGUAUCAUUUAAGGGUUUUCCAUGUCUCCAAGAAUCACGACGUAGCAAGUAAAAAAAUCUUAGUUGUGGAACAUAAAAAGUACUUUAACAACUCUGAAGAAAUUGGUAUCUAAAAUGCUUUUUUAAUUUAGCCUUUUCUUAAAGGGUUGACUGUAACUGAUGUGUAGUACUUGAAUUACUCUGAAUUCAGAUGAAAAUUUACUAGUUUACAGCAAACGCUGACUAAACUGUAGAUGGUGCAAAAUCAAUCCUGGGUUUGAUGGAUAUUUGGAGUAACACCGUAACUUUUGGUUCAUACUGCAUACUUUGGCAUAAAAAUGGACUGCAAACAAUAAUCUUUUCCGUACUUUUGUUAUUCAUCAGCUAAUAAAUAUUGUAAUAUGUUUUAUGAA